GCUACUGUGAUUACUUAAAUGUAAUCAGGGGAAUCACUGCUGUACGUCCGAAGUUGGGACGUGGCCAAAGUUUCAUGCGCCGCAACAGCUCAGUUUUGUACGAUAUCCUCGUUAGGUGCGACGUUGAAAACUUAUCAAGAAAAAAAUGAAGAGAAUGGGAAAAUAUUGUUGGGAUUCAAGUGAUGUCCUCGGCGAAGGUGGUUUUGGGAAAGUGUACCGCGGCUUGAAGAACAACUCCACCCAGGUGGCGAUCAAGAAAAUCAAAGCCUCGCCUCAAAACGAAGAUAUGAUUGAACGUGAAUUAACCAUGAUGGAAAUCCUGAGGCAUGACCACGUCAUCAAAAUUUUGGGUCACGCGUCCACGUCCAAUCACCAAUACAUUUUCAUGGAAUACUGUAACGGAGGCGAUCUGCAAAAUUACGUGGACACCGUAGGACCGAUGUGCUUAUGCGCACUGUCGGUAUUUUUGGGGCAAAUUGCCUCAGCUUUGAGACUGCUGCACAAAGAAAACAUAGUUCACAGGGACCUGAAGCCGAACAACAUUCUUUUGUCCUACCCAUCCCGCUAUAACGAAUACCCUUCGCCGACCAAGAUCACAUUUAAGAUCGCCGACUUAGGGCUGGCCCGCAUCAUGAGCUCGUCAACUCCCACAGCUUGCGGCACGUGGAUUUAUACGGCACCGGAGAUCCUGGCCGGCGAAAAGAUCAGCUGCAAGUCGGACUUGUACAGUGUUGGCGUAAUUACUGUUUUUUGUGUUCGUGGUAAACCCGAUUUGAAGAACCUGCACUUCGACGACGAUGAUCUGACAUCGCUAGUUGCUGGUUUGGUCCAAAAGAAGGUGUCAAAGCGCAUGACACCUAGCCAAUUUUUUCAUCAUCGCUUGGUGGAGUAAUUUUCUGUUUUUCAUAUUGUUUUAGACAUGUCUUAUGUUAUUCAGUAUAUAAUAUGUUGUAUGUCAUUCUAAUUAUUUAAUUAUUAUGUGUAAUUCAUUGAAAUAAAUACGAACAUUAACUUUA